ACCAGUCCUACAACAAGUCCUACAACAUCUCCGACAACAAGUCCAACUACAAGUCCAACUACUUCGCCAACUACAAGUCCAAUAACAAGUCCUACAACAUCGCCAACUACAAGUCCACCAACAAGUCCAACAGCAUCUCCGACUACAAGCCCAACUACCAGUCCAACAACAUCUCCAACUACAAGUCCAACUACUUCGCCAACUACCAGUCCAACAACAAGCCCUACAACAUCCCCGACUAUAAGUCCAACUACCAGUCCUACAACAUCUCCAACUACAAGUCCAACUACCAGUCCAACAACAUCUCCUACAACAAGUCCAACUACUUCGCCAACUACCAGUCCAACAACAAGUCCUAUAACAUCUCCGACUACAAGUCCAACUACCAGUCCUAUAACAUCUCCGACUACAAGUCCAACUACCAGUCCAACAACAUCUCCGACUACAAGCCCAACUACCAGCCCAACAACAUCCCCGACUACAAGUCCAACUACUUCGCCAACUACAAGUUCAACAACAAGUCCUACAACAUCUCCGACUACAAGUCCAACUACUUCUCCAACAACAUCUCCGACUACAAGUCCAACUACUUCGCCAACUACAAGUCCAACAACAAGUCCUACGACAUCUCCGACUAUAAGUCCAACUACCAGUCCUACAACAUCUCCAACUACAAGUCCAACAACAUCUCCGACAACAAGUCCAACUACGUCGCCAACUACCAGUCCAACAACAUCUCCAACUAUAAGUCCAACUACCAGUCCUACAACAUCUCCAACAACAAGUCCUACAACAUCUCCGACUGCAAGUCCAACUACCAGUCCAACAACAUCUCCGACUACAAGUCCAACUACUUCGCCAACUACCAGUUCAACAACAAGUCCUACAACAAGUCCUACAACAUCUCCAACCACAAGUCCAACUACUUCGCCAACUACCAGUCCAACAACAAGUCCUACAACAUCGCCAACUACUAGUCCAACAACAAGUCCUACAACAUCUCCGACUACAAGCCCAACUACCAGUCCAACAACAUCUCCAACUCCUUCGCCAACUACCAGUCCAGCAACAAGUCCUACAACAUCUCCGACUACAAGUCCAACAACAAGUCCAACAACAUCUCCGACUACAAGCCCAACUACCAGUCCAACAACAUCUCCAACUACAAGUCCAACUACUUCGCCAACAACCAGUCCAACAACAAGCCCUACAACAUCUCCGACUGUAAGUCCAACUACCAGUCCUACAACAUCUCCAACUACAAGUCCAACUACCAGUCCAACAACAUCUCCGACAACAAGUCCAACUACUUCGCCAACAUCUCCGACUACAAGUCCAACUACCAGUCCUAUAACAUCUCCGACUACAAGUCCAACUACCAGUCCAACAACAUCUCCGACUACAAGCCAAACUACUAGCCCAACAACAUCCCCGACUACAAGUCCAACUACCAGUCCAACAACAAGUCCUACAACAUCGCCAACUACUAGUCCAACAACAAGUCCUACAACAUCUCCGACUACAAGUCCAACUACUAGUCCUACAACAUCACCAACUACAAGUCCAACUCCUUCGCCGACUACAAGUCCAACAACAAGUCCUACAACAUCUCCGACACCAAGUCCAACUACCAGUCCAAUAACAUCUCCAACUCCUUCGCCAACUACUUCGCCAACUACCAGUCCAGCAACAAGUCCAACAACAUCUCCGACAACAAGUCCAACUACGUCGCCAACUAUCAGUCCAACAACAAGUCCUAUAACAUCUCCGACUACAAGUCCAACUACUUCGCCAACUACCAGUCCAACAACAAGUCCUACAACAUCUCCGACAACAAGUCCAACUACAAGUCCAACUACUUCGCCAACUACAAGUCCAAUAACAAGUCCUGCAACAUCGCCAACUACAAGUCCACCAACAAGUCCAACAGCAUCUCCGACUACAAGCCCAACCACCAGUCCAACAACAUCUCCAACUACAAGUCCAACUACUUCGCCAACUACCAGUCCAACAACAAGCCCUACAACAUCCCCGACUAUAAGUCCAACUACCAGUCCUACAACAUCUCCAACUACAAGUCCAACUACCAGUCCAACAACAUCUCCUACAACAAGUCCAACUACUUCGCCAACUACCAGUCCAACAACAAGUCCUAUAACAUCUCCGACUACAAGUCCAACUACCAGUCCUAUAACAUCUCCGACUACAAGUCCAACUACCAGUCCAACAACAUCUCCGACUACAAGCCCAACUACCAGCCCAACAACAUCCCCGACUACAAGUCCAACUACUUCGCCAACUACUAGUCCAACAACAAGUCCUUCAACAUCUCCAACCACAAGUCCAACUACUUCGCCAACUACCAGUCCAACAACAAGUCCUACAACAUCGCCAACUACUAGUCCAACAACAAGUCCUACAACAUCUCCGACUACAAGCCCAACCACCAGUCCAACAACAUCUCCAACUACUUCGCCAACUACCAGUCCAGCAACAAGUCCUACAACAUCUCCGACUACAAGUCCAACUACCAGUCCUAUAACAUCUCCGACUACAAGUCCAACUACCAGUCCAACAACAUCUCCGACUACAAGCCCAACUACCAGCCCAACAACAUCCCCGACUACAAGUCCAACUACUUCGCCAACUACCAGUCCAACAACAAGUCCUACAACAUCUCCAACCACAAGUCCAACUACUUCGCCAACUACCAGUCCAACAACAAGUCCUACAACAUCGCCAACUACUAGUCCAACAACAAGUCCUACAACAUCUCCGACUACAAGCCCAACUACCAGUCCAACAACAUCUCCAACUCCUUCGCCAACUACCAGUCCAGCAACAAGUCCUACAACAUCUCCGACUACAAGUCCAACAACAAGUCCGACUACAAGCCCAACUACCAGUCCAACAACAUCUCCAACUACAAGUCCAACUACUUCGCCAACUACCAGUCCAACAACAAGCCCUACAACAUCUCCGACUGUAAGUCCAACUACC